AUGUCUUCUGCACUCAAUUUCUCUGAUAUUCCAUCUUUGCGACAGAAAUUGGGACCAUUGACGGGAGACAUUGCGCCUGUCACAACUCCAAUAAUGUUCAAGAGCCCAAGAUGUUUCCACAAACCACCGGCAAAGUCAUUCCAACAUCGUCUGAGUCAAGAGGCCCUAUCUCGUGGUUCUGCAACCCUCAAGACAGCAGGCACUGAGCUCAACGCGGAUGUUAUCAGUCUUGCUACCGGCAGACCUGCUCCAGAAUAUUUCCCCUUUCUCAACAUGACCCUCGAUUUUCCCCAAAGCAGUAAUUUUACAGAAGACGACCAGAAUAGCUCAUUGUCUGAAACAAUUGGAAAAUCCGAUAUCAAAACAAACAAAGCUUCAUACGACCUUGCAAUUUCCCUCAACUACGGAUAUAGCGCAGGAUCUGAGCAGCUCAUCAGAUUCUUCACAGAGCAUGUUGAUGUAGUGCGCAAUCCUCCUUACUCGGAUUGGCAAUGCUCACUGACUGCUGGAACUACCUCGGCACUGGACUCGGUUUUCAGGACCCUUUGCAACCGGGGACACUAUAUCAUGACCGAGGCGUAUACUUACUCUGCCGCACUUGAAGCUGCGAGACCUUUCGGUAUCCGCAGUAUCGGUGUCCAGAUGGAUGAAGAAGGCAUGGUGCCAGCUCAUCUUGAUAACCUGCUUUCUGGUUGGGAUGUAUCGGAGCGCGGUGCUUCGAAGCCAUUUUUGCUUUACAUCAUUCCGACCGGUCAGAACCCAACGGGCACUACCCAGAGUCUUCAGAGACGCAAAGAUAUCUAUGCUGUGGCAGAGAAGCAUGAUCUUUACAUCAUUGAAGAUGAGCCCUACUACUUCCUUCAGUUUCAAACUCAGAAAACUGAAGUCUAUGCGAAUUCAGAUCAACCCCCUCGGUCGGAUCCGAAGUUAGUUGAGACAUUCUUGAACAACUUGAUCCCAUCUUAUCUUUCAUUGGAUGUAUCUGGUCGCGUUCUUCGUCUCGACUCUACAUCAAAGAUUCUUGCACCAGGCUUGAGAUGCUCGUGGAUGACUGGCUCUGCCGAUAUCAUUUCCCGCUUCCUUUAUCUUCAUGAUGCAACCAUUGUUUCCCCAAGCGGGCUUUCCCAAUUAGCAUUGCAUACACUGUUGGAUGGUGUAUGGGGCCAUGAGGGAUUCGUAAAAUGGCUUCUUUACUUACGGGAUGAGUAUACUCAGCGCCGAAACAUCACUCUUGAAUCCUGUUCGAAGUAUCUUCCACGCAAUAUCUGCUCUUGGUCAGUGCCCGAAGCUGGAAUGUUUCAUUGGAUCAAGGUUGACUGGCGUGUUCACUCAUUGGCCGCCGCCUAUUCCAAGGCAGACUAUGUAGCUGGAAACAUCAUACUAAAGACAGAGGACCGUAUCUACUCUACUGCUUUGAAGAAGGGUGUUUUAUGCUGCAAAGGAAGUGCGUUUCGUGCGGGUGGUGUACAGGGUUGUGAAAUAUACUUCCGUGUCACAUAUGCAACAGCUUCAUUGCCCCAGAUAGAAGAGGCUAUUGCGCGAUUCGGAAUGGCAAUCAAAGAGGAAUUUGAAGUCGGAGUCUGA